UUCUCGUCCGUUCAAUCCUUAACUCUCCUUUUUCAUUUUCCUUUCACUUAAAAGUUCUCUUUUUUCUCAUGUUAAAAAUGGCGGAACACAAUUAAUUUUGCAAAAAAUCAUCGUUUAGCUCAUAAUUCAAAGACGAUUAUGGCUGAUCGAAAAUGAACGAACUAGGAACACAGAGCAUUAUUGAUCAUCAGAAGCUCCGAAUUUUAUUUCCACUUCCUAUUUUGUUUCUCGAUUUGGGUUUUUAGGGUAAAGUAGAAAUUUCCCUGUACAAAUAGAAGGCAAUUGCAGUAAGAAAUUGUUUGAAGAGAAGUUUAAAUGAUGAAAACGGUGUCGCUGCUAAGAUUACUGGUUUUACUUCUCUGUGCUGUUCUAUGCAAGCGUAGAGGAGCAGAGAUUGUCACUGAAUACGUUCUUUCAUUUUUCGGGACAGUGGUUCGCGAAAAAGAUGCGUGCUGGGAAUAUGCUGACCGACUGGAAGGCAACAAGGUGAGGUGCAAAUUCUGUGACCGAAUUCUCAAUGGCGGCAUUAGCCGCUUAAAGCACCAUCUCUCUCGACUCCCGAGCAAAGGCGUGAACCCAUGUGCCAAAGUCAGGGACGAUGUGUCCCACAAGGUGAGAGAAAUAAUCGCGCUAAAAGAUGACGGCAAGGAAAAUCCAGUUCCAAGAAGACAAAUUUUAUCACCCGAGGUCAAAUCUCCUCCCGAGCCCCCCAUCCAAUCACAGGCGUUGAUCGCAAAACCGGUCUCUUCCAUCACGCCUUCAAAUAUCCCCCCAAGAGACGAACACGAAAACGCCGAGAGAUGCAUCGCCCUUUUCUUUUUCGAGAAUAAAUUGGAUUUCGGCAUUGCUCGCUCCCCCUCCUACCACCAGAUGAUCGACGCCGUAAAAAAAUGUGGGAAUAAUAAUGUAUUUGUGGGCCCCACAGUGGAAUCGUUAAGGGCGACUUGGCUGGGGAAAAUCAAAUCCGAGAUGCAGUUGUGGUCGAAGGGCGUCGAGAAGGAGUGGGCCAUGACUGGCUGCACGGUGAUAGCAGAGACGUGGGCGGAUGGGAAAUCGAGGGCUCUGAUCAAUUUUCUCGUUUCGUCUCCUUCCGGAACCUUCUUCCACAAGUCGGUGGAUGCCUCUCUGUACUAUAAGAACGUGAAGUACCUCUCAGACCUGUUCGACUCGGUGAUUCAGGAUUUUGGGGCUGAGAACGUGGUUCAAGUCAUAAUCGACGAUGCUUUAAACUUCCCAGGAUUAGCAAACCAUAUCCUGCAGAAUUACGGGCUGGUUUUCGUGACCCCUUGCGCUUCCCAGUGCAUGAAUGGGAUCUUGGAGGAGUUCUGCAAAGUCGACUGGGUUAACCAGUGUAUUUUGCAAGCGCAGGCAGUUUCGAAAUACGUGUAUAACUAUUUACCCGCACUCGAUAUGAUGAAAAAUUUCACCGGAGGGCAGGAUAUUAUUAAAACCGGGGUCACCAAACACGUCUCGAAUUUCCUCUCCUUACAGUCGAUGCUCAAGCACAAGUCGAGACUGAAACACAUGUUCAACAGCCCCGAGUUCACGACAGAUCCGGCCUUCGCGAACAGGCCCCAGACGGCGACAUGUGUCGGGAUUCUCGACGACGGCGAGUUCUGGCGGGCAGUCGAGGAGAGCGUGGCAGUUUCCGAGCCUUUUCUGAGGGUGAUGAGGGAGGUUUUGGGCGGGAAGCCAGCCGUGGGGUUCGUGUACGAGAUGAUGACACGGGCGAAAGAGUCGAUACGGACUUAUUACAUUAUGGACGAGGUGAAAUGCAAAACGUUGCUAGACAUUGUGGAUAGAAAGUGGCAGAAUAGCCUGCACUCGCCUUUGCAUUCGGCGGCGGCUUUCUUGAACCCGGGCGUGCAGUAUAAUCCCGAGAUUAAGUUCCUUGGGUCGAUUAAGGAGGAGUUCUUUAGGGUGCUCGAGAAGCUUCUGCCGACUCCUGAGUUGAGGCGGGACAUAACUAAGCAGAUUCUUUUGUUUACGAGGGGAAGUGGGAUGUUUGGGUGUAGCCUCGCGAAGGAGGCCAUCGAUACUGUUUCGCCUGGCAUUUGGUGGGAACAGUUUGGGGACGGGGCACCCAUGCUUCAACGUGUGGCCAUUCGAAUACUAAGCCAAGUCUGCAGCACUUGCAAUUUCGAGAAGCAAUGGACAGCCUCCCAACAAAUACACUCUGAGAAGCGCAACAAAAUCGAUAAGGAGACUCUUAACGACUUGCUUUACGUCCAUUAUAAUCUGAGGCUGGAAAAAUCCUUGAAAACAAACCACUCGGAAAUGGAUCCACUUCAGAUGGAGGAUUUGGAUAUGACGUCAGAUUGGGUGGAGGAGGCCGAGAGCCCGAGCCCGGUCCAGUGGCUCGACAGGUUUGGUUCGGCCCUUGAGGGUGGAGAUGUUGGGGAUCUGAACACGCGGCAGUUUAGUGCUGCUAUUUUUGGCGCGGGUGAUAAUAUUUUCAAUUUGUAGGUUUUUAUAUCAUGCUGGUGUUUGUACAAAAUGAGUAUUAAUCCUUUUCAAUAGGUACAUGUAUUGUAGAAUUGUAGAAGUUUGUAUCUUUUGUGAUGAGUAGUAGGGAUCAUAAUUCUCUGCCAAGUAUCAUACUGAAUUGAAUUGUGAUGCCUUUAGCAAAACACUGAUCAAUAUAUUUUUUACUUGAAGAAAAAGCAAAAAACGUGCUCUUCAAGAUGUGGCAUGAUUAUUGCUAUAGAAUGAAUCAAAGAAUGUGUAAUCAAGAAGCAUUCAUAGUUCAUACUCAUGCUGCAAGCAACUGC